GAAGAAGAGAAGAAGCAGCAGCAGCUACAGCUACUAAUGUUAGCGCUUGUAGCAUGUAUGUAUUAGGCAUAGACAGUUAAGGUAUUAAGAGAACUUGAGCCCCGCUGUCUUUAACACCUGUGUUGCCCAGCUGUCAGCUAACGUUACUGCCUGUAGCUCCGAAAAUUCAGGAGUAAUGGAGAAAGGGUUCCGUCUGUGGAAGGAGCAGUGUCUGAACAAGCUAGACCUGAGUAAGAAGGGACAGGUGGAUGAGGACAUCGCACAUGUGGUGUCCCUGCUCAACAGGUGUGAGCAGUACUUCACCACCAGCUCGUGCUCCGGCAGAAUCAUCCUCACUGACGGGGCUCAGAAAAACGGCUGCGUUUGGCUGUUUGUCUCACACCAGCAAUGCAAACCUGAAGACCUGGUGAGCGCUGUGGCCCGCUCCAGUGGAGAUGCAGUGUUGAAGUUUGAGCCCUUCGUGCUCCAUCUUCAGUGCAGACGGCUGGAGGACGCUCAGCUCACGCACUCAGUGGCCAUCAUCGGCUUCAGGAACUCUGGUCUCACUGUCAGCAAGACAGGGAAAAUCAUCACGGCGGUCCGUAGCACCCACGGCUUGGAGGUUCCUCUCAGCCACCAAGGAAAGCUGCUGGUAGAACAGGAGUACAUCUGUUUCCUGACUCACAUAGCCAAUCAGAAGUUGGAGGAGAACCUCAGACGGAUCCACAGAUUCUACCAGAAUCUGCAGUCAGCCCUGCACACAGACAAACUCCCAGCAGAACCACAAACACACCACCACAGUCAGGAGACAAAGAACCAAACAAGUGUGUAUAAACGGAGGCGGAAGAGAGAACAGCAGCCUGGGACUGACUGUUGCCAUGGUGAGGGCGCCAGCAUUGAGCCGGAGCUGGACGACUGCUUGGACCUGUUCACAUGAAGACCUUGACUGGAGAAUGGGGUUGCUUUAUUUUGAAUGUUUCAGUGCAUUACUUUUAUUUCAGUGAGCUGAAUUACCAUGGUAACCUACAUUGCUCCAUCCACCUGCUCUGGAGCGGAUUUAAGUCCAUAGAGUCCAUAUCUAAGAUGGCUGCCGCGUCUCCACUUCCUACUGCUGUACAAAGUGAAACCAAAAUCUCGCGGAUACAGGCUACAUCUUGAGUCUGCGCAGUAGUGAUCGGCGGUAAGGCCGCAGUAACAAGAGGAUGAUAGAAUGUAUCAACAUGCACUCGAUGGCCACUUAAUUGGGUACACCUGUACAGGCUAUGCCAUAAAGUCUACUUUUAUCAUGCCUGUAACGUUAAAGGUCCCGUGACAUGGUGCUCUUUGGAUGCUUUUAUAUAGACCUUAGUGGUCCUCUAGUACUGUAUCUGAAGUCUUUCCCAAAAUUCAGCCUUGGUGCAGAAUUACAGCCACUAGAGCCAGUCCCACAAUGAGCUUUCUUAAGUAUGUGCCAUUUCUGAGUCUGUAGCUUUUGAGGA